GGCGGAAGCGGCGGUGACGCGGGCGGCAGCGGCGCCGGAAGCGGAAGCGCGGCCGGGCGGGCGGGCGGUGGUGGCGGCGCCGGCGAUGCUGUCGCUGGAUUUUCUGGACGAUGUUCGGCGCAUGAACAAGCGGCAGCUGUACUACCAGGUGCUGAACUUCGGGAUGAUCGUCUCGUCCGCGCUCAUGAUCUGGAAGGGGCUGAUGGUGGUGACGGGCAGCGAGAGCCCCAUCGUUGUGGUGCUGAGCGGAAGCAUGGAGCCCGCGUUUCACAGGGGAGACCUGCUGUUCCUCACGAACCGAAUCGAAGAUCCCAUCAGAGUGGGAGAAAUCGUCGUCUUUAGGAUAGAAGGACGGGAAAUUCCCAUAGUCCAUCGUGUCCUGAAAAUUCAUGAGAAGCAAAACGGUGACAUCAAAUUUCUGACGAAGGGAGACAAUAACGCCGUGGAUGACCGAGGGCUGUACAAACGGGGGCAGCACUGGUUGGAGAAAAAGGACGUCGUGGGACGAGCGAGAGGAUUUGUGCCCUACAUUGGAAUAGUGACUAUCUUAAUGAACGAUUAUCCGAAAUUCAAGUACGCAGUCCUCUUUUUACUGGGUUUAUUUGUGCUGGUCCAUCGAGAGUAGCCUCUUGCACUGAAACACAAGCUGAACGUGCCAAGGAUUUUUUUAGAUGAACGUUUGAAGUAGAUGAUGGUCCGGCGUGCCGGGAGGAAGAAGAAAACAUGCAUUUCAAAGCUGCUUGCCAGUUUGGGUUUGUCUUGUUUUUUACUGCGCAAGGGCGGAUGUUUGUCACAGUAUUUCCAAUGGUUUGUCACAUUUUAGCAUUUUUAGUGAGUUUUUAUAUUAAAAAUUUAAGCCAAACCGUUCAGUGUUUGUACUUUGGAGCUGAGCUUCCUCUCCAAGUGCCUGCAGGACCGUGUCCUCCGCGUCGGGCGAGCGCGGCCGCUCGGGCGCUGCCCGCGCUGUCACACCGCGAGCCGCGGACGCGAUGUUUGUUCCAAUUCCCAUUUGGAAUAAAGGUUUUUCAUCUCGCCCGA